CGUCGUCUUGUGCUUUGAAUUUGUUUUUUUUUUUGUAAAAUGCGUAUAGGAGAAAUAACAUAUGGACAUAACAAAUACAUAACAAUCUCUGUAUCUGGCGCCGACGAGCUGCAAUUAUAUUUGCACAAUGAGCACAAAAAGUUGACUUACAGCGAGAAACUCUUACCGGCGCAAUUCUCACAGCGCUUACAACAACUAAAUAGACGCGUUAAGUUCCCCGAAGCUGCCGUGCGUGCAACCCUUACCACUAAGGAUCCCGAAUCAAACACACUGAAAGAUUUGGAGGCUGGCAAGCUUGCGCUGCAAUUAAAAUAUCGCUUGGAGGGAACUACAGCGCCUCUACAUUGGGAAUGGCAUCUGGUGCCCAUUGAGAGUGCCAUCCUGUAUCGUGAUAUGUUCACAUACAAAGUAUCCACGAUUUCGGCGUUGCACGAACAUGUCAUAAAUAUGCGCCAACUUUUGGAGAAAAAAGAUGUAGAGAUAAAACAGUACAAGGUUGAGGGAGCACAACUGCGUAGAAGCACAGUGGCUACCAAGCCUUUCGAUACAAAGGGUUUCGAUGCACAAAACGAACAACUGCUGGCCGAUGCAGCAGCCUAUCAGCAAAUGUCGCAGUUGCUUAACGAACAGAGAACGGUUUCACCAGAUGUGCAUGGUACUGGGACCCCGGAUGCUAAAGUGAAGGUAGAACCAGUUGAAGAAAAGCCAAAAUACAUCAGUCCACGGAACAGAAAACGUCAGCGGCUGGAGAUUGGCGAGAACCAUUUGACUCGUAAGAUACAGCAGCGUCAGCGUGCACCGGAGGUACAAUACAUUGAUUCGCAAAGCCAAGAAUUGGGUCUGGAUGAUGACGUUACUGAUAGUACAGUAGACAAGAAGCUAGAGGGCUUGGAUGGGGCUGCACAGCAAGCCGAACUGGAUGCUUGUUUUGUUGAAAAUAAACCUCCAUCUUUGGAAGGACCGCCAUUAAAUCUAAAAUUUUCGGAUGAUGAGGACGAGAGCAAUAGGGAUGAAAGCAAUAAGCAAUAACUAUUUAAUAUUUAUUUAUAUGAAACUAACUUGGUAGAAUGUAACAUAAUUGAUUUUUAAUCCAGCUUGUCAAAUAUAAGUAGAUAAUGCCUGA